AUGCAACCUCAAAAUGAAGAAAUUAAUCUUCAGGUCCAUGAGAUGCCAGACCAAGUCGAGAAUGUUCAAGCCGAAACUACACCUGAUAGGACUGCUUCACCCCAACCCGGUCCAAGCACUAGAAUAACCCCACCUUCAACCCCAGUUGAGCCAGUGAAAAAUAUCACCACGGACAGACAAGACCCGAAAAAAAUAUAUUUUUCUCCCGAAGACAUUCUUCCUUUUCCGAAGGCUGGGCCACGCCAAAAUAAAAGAUCAGUGAAAAAAGGGAAAACUAUGGUACUGACAUCAACUCCGGAUUACCAAGAACUAAAGACUGCAAAAGUAAGUCGACCAGCAAAAGCGAAGACAGUUAAAAAGCAAAUUGUAGAAAGUAUGACAUUAGCACCCAGAAAACUCCCGCAGAAGAGAGAGAUAGAAAAUGAUUCUUCAUCAGAAAGUUCCACUGACAUCGAAUAUGCUGAAUCAAGCAAUUCCCAAACAACUCUAAGCUUUGCUAGGGUGAUUAAAGAAGAAGAAGCACAGAAUGGUGAUCUAGUUGCAGCUGCUUCGGGUCACGGUCAUAAACACUCGAGCAGUCACGAAGAAGGCGGAGGUAAAAAGCACGAAGCCCACCAUCACUCCGAGCACGGAGAAAAGGGCGAUAAAGGCUACAAAACCGACCACCAUCACGACAAAGGCCAUCACGGUAAGCACGGCAAACACCACGAGGCCCACCAUCACGGAGAAAAAGGCGGACACCACAAACACCACCACGACGAAGCCGGCCACAAAAGCGAACACCACGAGGGUGGCAAACACCACAAGGAAGGCAAGUUCGGCGAGAAAAAGGGCCACAAAAAAGGCCAAAAAACUUCAGGUUUCCACCACAAGAGCCACAAAGACGAGUACCACAAAGAACACAAAUUCUACGACGAUUACCAUAAAGGCGGCCACCACAGCAAACAUGGCGAGCAUGAAGGGCAUCACGGCGGCAAAGAGGGUCACCACAAGAAGGGUGGAUCGCACAAGAGCGGAUCGCACGGCGAACACCACGGCAAAAAGGGUCAUUCUGAAAAGGGACACCACGACGAGCAUCAUAAAGGACACAAAGGGCACGGUGGACAUGAGAGUCAUCACUCUCAUCACAGUGAUUACGGAAAGAAAGGAGGACAUUCUGGCGGUAAGGAGUACGGAUACAGUCAUGGAAAGAAACACUAA